GUUUUCACUGAUUUUUGGGUUAAUAAGUUUUCAGCUAGAAGCAUAGCAUGCAAGCUCUAAAUGGCAAGCCAGACGUACAUGAGAUAUCGUCAGACGAAGAAGAGUUUGCGCAAUGGGUACAGUGUAUAAGCUGCAAAAAAUGGCGAGAUCUGCUGGAUUCUGAGUGUAUUUACAAAGUUAAUAGAUCCACUUGGACUUGCUGUUCUCGUUGUCAAUUUGAUUGCGAUGUCCCUGAGUUCAAAAAUAAAUGGUGGAAUUCAAGGUGCACUUAUCAAGAUUACCAACCGGGAGACUUGGUUGCCGUAAAACUUGACGGUUUUCCAUGGUGGCCAUGUAUCGUGGACCCUAAUCCCGUUGAUAAUUUAUAUUUCCAUAUUACACCAAGACCGGCUGUAAAGAGAUUUGUGACCAGCUAUCAUGUAACGUUUUUAAUCAAUCCAGUGCAAAGAACUUGGUGUAUCGAAAGUCAAGUGAUGAAAUGUUCUGAAUGUGUCAGGCUACAUCUACCUAGGGACGAGCGGGCAAACCAACAAAGUGUAUUUUCAAUGUACACACAGGCUUUGAAAAUGACCAAAGAUGAGAGAUUGGAAAACUUUGGAUUUCUGAAGCGAUGCUCUGCGGCGUUGGCAAGACAAAUGGCACGCGAAAAGAAAAUUUUUGACAGUGCUUUCACUUCGCGAGAAGUUUGCUCUCGUGCUUCCAGCGUUGACAACAGUCGAGCUGAUGAUUCCGCUAGUGUUGCUUCAAGAUCAUCAAGGAAAAUCCAUGAUCCCUCAUUUCAUUCUCAAGUAUCUGGAAGUUCCCAAAGUAGAAUUGCCUUUAUCGAGGAUUCAUCAGAUGAUGAUAAUGAGAAAGAUAGUGACAUUGAAGAAAUAUCAUCUCAAGCUUCCUCCGGUAGUUUGAGCAUGAACGGAAAACACCUAUCUAAGGUGAGGGUCAGAAAGGAAAUAUUGAGAUCAAGUACCCCGAGAGCAGAGAACAGAAAGAAAUCUAAACCAGAAGAAAAAAAGACGAAUCAAGACAUGAACAGAAAAGGGAGUCAUUCCAAAGUUGAUGACAAACCUUUUUCGUCCGUUGCCCAAUUGGAACUGGUGGUAGAUUCAGUCGUGAAAAGAAAUUUGACAAAUGAACUGGAAGUUACUUCUGACGUGGUGGAGCUACAGGAGAGUAAUGAAAUUGACUAUCCGGAAGAUUCCGAAGCUUUGAAAGAUUCCGUAUUGGUUCCACAAACAGAGACUACAACAUCCGUUGAAGUGGAAAUAAUGGCUGAGAUCAUCAGCUGUUCUGAAACUGAAAUUGAAGUCAAGAGUUCCGAAUCCAAGAAAAACGAGUCUGGCGGCAUAUUUUCAAGUUUUAAUUCUCAAGAGAAGGCGCAACCUACUAGAGCUGAGCGCGGAAAAAGGGAAACCAUUACUCAAGAGUUGAAUCAAAACGUGAUAAACGAAAAAGAUGAAGAAACUGCAAAAAUCUUAGCCGCGGAUACGAAAGAUUCAACAAUGCAAUCAAAGACUCUCGAAGGAAAUAACUCAGAUUGGGACGCUAUAGCCGAUUCGCUUCAGUCCGAAAAGUCAAAUUAUGAAUUGCUAUUUGAAGAGAAAGCGUCAAAAGGUGAGAUCGUUUUGGAUCACAAUAAAGAAAGCCAAAAUGAGGAACAGCGCAAAACGGGAAACAAAGAGACUGAUGUAUUCAAACGUAGCGUUGUUAAGAACGGCCCUGAAAUUGUUAAAAGUUUCAGCGAAGCGGAAGCAGAUAAGAAAAUUAUUCCAAAGUUGACUGGAAAGACCCAGAAAUGGAAUUUGAAAGCUCAAAUAAAACCAGAUGUAGCGUCGAUGCUUCCUAGUUUGCAGAAGGAAACAUCGUCGAAUAAAAUAAAUCAACUUCAAAUUGAAUCUGACUCGAAGAUAUCAACUCAAAAAAAGAAAAGCUUCGAUGAAAUUGUUGAGGAGCCAAUUGUCACGUCAAAAGCAACUCCUGUAGGUUUCUCGAAUUCAGUUAAGCGAAAGUCCAAUGAUUCAUUGGAUUAUCAAAGCGAAUCUUCUGUUAAUCGCAGUCAGAGAGCUUUUAAGAAACCUGCUUUCAAAGUACCAAGAUUCACUAAACCGUCGAAAAGUCAGCCAAUUGAAGAUUCAAGUGCCCUCAAAGCGAUAGACUCACAGUUUGAUAAAAACGCACAAAGUCUGCCAAUUGUCUUCAAAUCUGCCAAUGCUACCAAUGACGUUCAAAGUCAAGGGUCGAAUAAAAGUUCAUGUACAGAAGUCAAGAAGACCGAGAUGAAAAAUCCCAUUAAAGAGACGCUGACUUCUUUCUCCACAGCCUCUGACGCUGUCUUCAAAGAGCGGAAAGACUCAAGUUUUAUUAAUACAAAUGGCGCUGGUCAUAAAAGCGAUGCUAUUGCUCAUACGGAAACGGAAGUUCAGAAUGUAAAGAGAGAUGAGCCACUUCCCCAUUUAGAAAUCAAAACUACCGAAGAGUUGGUCUCAUCACUAGAUGAUCUUCUCAGCCAGUCUCAAGAGAUCCUCGCCAGGGUGUCGAGUAGCCAGAGCCAAGGGUCGAAAUGUGAAUUAAGUGUGCAUGAAUCUGCCCCAAAAUUGAAUAGCCAGCAAGAUAUAAUCAACCAAAUCGAUCAAUUGAUCAAUUCGCAAGACACUGCAAGCCUUUCAGCCAAUACGAAAUUGUCAAGACAAGCUGAGCUAGAUAUCUUCAAUUUUCUGGUUGACGAGGAAUAAAGUCAUGUUAAUUUCUGUGAAUCGUGAUCUGUUUAUUGUUUGGUCCUUCAUUUUUGCGAGUUUAUAUUUUAGACUGUUUGAUGUUAACUUAUAUUUGGUUGCCAUCGUUCCAAGUAUCGAGUUU